CUGCGCAGUCUGUGGACGUGCGACUGCGAACUGGCCCUGCUGCCUGUGGCCCAGCUGCUGCGCCUGCAGCCCAGCGCCUUCCAGCUGCGCGGCGACCAGCUGGCCGUGCCGGGCCCCGGGGAGCCCGCGGCCGCGCGCGGCGGUUUCAAUGUCUUCAGCGACGGCCUGGUGCGCCUCGACGGACAGGUCUGCCGCCUCAGCGGCUACAUCAAGAGGUAUGUGGAACUAACCAACUACUGCGAUUAUAAAGACUACAGGGAAACUAUACUGAGCAAACCAAUGCUCUUUUUUAUUAAUGUACGGACCAAAAAAGACACCUCAAAAGAAAAGACGUACGCCUUUCUUGUGAACACGAGGCACCCCAAGAUAAGAAGGCAGAUAGAGCAGGGGAUGGAUACGAUUAUCUCGUCAGUCAUUGGAGAGAGCUACCGACUCCAGUUUGAUUUUCAAGAGGCAGUGAUGAAUUUCUUCCCGCCAGGAAAUGAAGUGAUUAACGCAGAAAAUUUGAGCUUUGCAUAUGAAUUCAAGGCGGAUGCCUUGUUUGAUUUCUUCUAUUGGUUCGGGCUCAGCAAUUCCACGGUCAAAGUGAACGGGAAAGUGCUGAAUCUCUCCAGCUCGAGUCCAGAAAAGAAGGAGACCAUCAUGUUAUUUCUGGAAAAGAUGAGUGAGCCCUUAGUUCGAAGGAGCAGUUUCUCUGACCGGAAGUUUAGUGUGACUUCCAGAGGUUCAAUAGAUGACGUUUUUAACUGCAGUCUGUCACCCAGAUCAUCCCUUAUGGAGUCUCUUCUGGCAGAAGGGCCAUUUCCGAGUCUUGUGGAAGCAGAGGAGACACCCAGCCAAUGUGUGGUGCUGGUGCUGCGGGGGCUGGACCGCGAGCGAGGCUCUGGGUCUGUGCACCCUGAACUUGGCGGUGUGCUCACUGGGCGUGGGGCGCAGUCCUUCAGUCCAUCCACCUUCUCCAAGCACCUGCUCCCUCCUGUAGCUUCAAGCUCUCUCUCCACCCGCUCCUUCCUCUUGGCCUGUGAACUUGCCAAGUCUCUCUUGGUUUAA